GUGGGAACAAGGGUGUGGGAAUUUGAUGUUUGACUAUGACUCAUGUAUUUGUCAUGAGUUAUUUCGGUGUAUGUUGUAAAUCAUUUACUGUUAUAAAUUUACUGUAACGUUGCAGAGGUCACUAUAAGACAUCCAUACACAUUUAGGCAAAAGAUCAAUAACAACCACUCCAGCAAUACUGAGAAAUAACGUUACGAAUAUGAGUGAAAUUCAAGUUGAGAAAGUUGACCAGCCAGAUUUGGCAAAACAUGAUUCCAGUGUUUUGGACCUUGCAUUUGCUAUGGAUUGUACUGGGAGCAUGUCCUCAUACAUACGCAGUGCUCAGAGGAGCAUACACAAAAUUGUUGAGGAGAUUGUAGCCAAGGAGCAAUCGGACAUCAACCUUGCUUUGGUGGAGUACAGAGACCAUCCUCCUCAAGACAGUUCUUUCGUGACCAGACCACAUGACUUCACCAACAAAGUAGGCAAAAUGAAGGGAUGGCUAGAUGACUGUUCUGCAAGCGGAGGAGGUGAUGGUCCGGAAGCUGUAGCGGAUGCCCUUCAUCAAGUACUAAAGCUGAGCUGGAGGGAUGAAGCAACUAAAAUAUGUGUGUUCAUAGCUGAUGCUCCCCCACAUGGUCUACAAAAGUCUAGAGACGGCUUUCCCAAAGGCUGCCCUGAUGGACUAGAUCCAAUGACAAUAACACAUCAACUAGCAGAGAAAGGUGUAACAAUAUAUAUGGUUGGUUGUGAACCAGCCAUCAAUAGACACCGGGACUUCUUUAUGGCAAUAGCCCACUUAACUGGAGGGCAGUAUGUACCUCUAAGGAACGCUGAACUUCUUGCUCAGGUUAUAAUUGGUGGGGCUCAGGAGGAAAUCUCUCUCCAAAAGCUGAUGGAGGAUGUGAACAUUGAGGUUGUUCAAGAGUAUGAGGCUGCAGGGGGAGAAGGUGCAAUUGAUGAGGAGGAGCUGUCUGCUAAGGUGUAUAAGAAGAUGCAAAGUAAAGGUGCAAAAACGCGACAACUACGGAGCCACAAUGCUGCACUGCCAGAAGCCAAUAUGAAGUCAAAGAUGUAUUCAAAAUUCACAAACAUGGAUGAUCUGAGGAUGAACUAUGAAGAGGGGAAGGAAGAGGGUGGAAUGGGUGCUGAGUGCUUUGAUUGUGCACCAGUUCCCAUAGCAACAAGUAUGAUGGAGGAAGCAGAACUCUUCUCAAUGGAUGAUGCAUACAUGAGUAAUGUUGGGAACAUAGAUGGAAUGUCUGCCCCUCCACGCCCUCCCAGAAUGUCUGCCCCAGCCCCUAGAGGAAGGGGAGGAUCAUCAGCACCUCCUCAGGUAAAACUCAAUACAUAAAGUUACAUCUAUCAUAAUAUUAGUUUCAGAAUUGUGAAGGGUGAACGUCCAAAAAAGCUUCUCUCAGCUUCUCCAGCUGCAGGGAGACCAUCCAGUUCUGGUGGUGGAGGGAUCAUGACAGGGAUUUCAAACUUUUCCAAAGCUGCCUCAAAGUCUAAGAUGGUGGAAGCAGAGGUAGAAAUCGCUGAUGGUGAUGAGGAAGGGGAGGAUGAUAUUGAAUGCACUGAUUCAGCUCCUCCCCCAUCUGCAGCUUCUAAGGUGGAAGAAAACUAUGGCAUGGUAGAUCAAAGUCUUGAUUACCAACAAACAAAACGAAUGGUACAGAGAUCUAUUGUUACCAGGAAACUAAAGAAGUAACUUUGCAUGUACAAAGGUCCAUAAUGCCUUGGUCACAUAGGCUCCGAUUUUCACUAAGGCGCCUGGCCGAUUGAGUAUCCUAUUCACAAAUGUAU